GACCCAGCUCUGCGCCAGGAGGCCGCGCCUGAUCGCCCACGGGACCGACCCAGAGAGGGGGUCCCGUGGGACCUCGGCAGGCUCCGGUGAAAGGACCUUCGGAGCCCCGUCCUCUGCGUCACGGGCCUCGGCGCAGAAACUCUGAACCCAUCAUCAGGGAAGGCGGAGCCUCCCUGGCAUUGUUGGCACCGUGCCUCGAAGAGCCCCUUGUCCUGUAGGCAGAGCCUUGUAGCCUGUCUUGGUUCAUGACUUGGGCCAUCUGACUGGUCUCUCUUCUGUGCCUUGUCUGAGGUCCUUGUCCAUCCCUGAUCCAGGGCUGCUUCUCUCUCUGGGUUGGUCCUCUUAAUCAGGGAAACUGAAGCCAUUACUCUCCAAGCCCUGUUUCAUCUUCCCAAGCAUGUCGGAAAGCUGGCAGCAGCCGCCACAGACGCAGCCGCAGCAGCCGCAGCCACCGCAGCCUCAGCACCACGCAGAACCACCACCAGCCCUAGCUGAGCACACGCUGCCUCCAGGCACGGCUGAGAACCCUCUGGGCUGUGCCGUCUAUGGCAUCCUCCUGCAGCCCGACCCCGGCCUGCAGCCCCCACAGCAUGAGCCCCUGCAGGCAGCAGGUGAGCCGGGCCCCAAGUGUGGUGUGUGUGGUCACGACCUUGCACACCUGUCCAGCCCCCACGAGCACCAGUGCCUGGCAGGCCACGACCGCUCGUUCCAGUGCACGCAGUGUCUCAAGAUCUUCCACCAGGCUACUGACCUCCUGGAGCACCAGUGUGUGCAGGUUGAGCAGAAGCCUUUUGUCUGUGGUGUCUGUAAGAUGGGCUUCUCGCUGCUCACCUCGCUGGCUCAGCACCACAGCGCGCAUAGUGGCACCGGCGGCCUGGUGAAAUGUUCCAUCUGUGAGAAGACCUACAAGCCCACCGAGGCUGCAGAGCCAGCAGCCACUGCUGCCCCUUCGCUGCCCCCACAGCCCCCACCUACCGUUGUCACCCCUGCUGAGCAGGCUGACAAGCCCUACAGCUGCCCCGUCUGCCAGAAGCCCUUCAAGCACCUUUCAGAGCUGUCACGGCAUGAGCGGAUCCACACGGGUGAGAAGCCGUACAAGUGCACACUGUGUGACAAGAGCUUCAGCCAGUCGUCACACCUCGUGCACCACAAGCGCACGCACAGCUCUGAGCGGCCCUACAAGUGCGCGGUCUGCGAGAAGACCUUCAAGCACCGCUCGCACCUGGUGCGCCACAUGUACGCGCACUCGGGCGAGCACCACCUGUUCCGCUGCAACGUGUGCGAGUUGCACUUCAAGGAGUCCUCGGAGCUGCUGCAGCACCCAUGCACUCCCAGCGGCGAACGGCCGUUUCGCUGCGGCGAAUGCCAGAAGGCCUUCAAACGGCCGUCAGACCUGAGGCAGCACGAGCGCACACACAGUGCUGAGCGGCCCUUCAAGUGUGACCUGUGUCCCAUGGGCUUCAAGCAGCAGUACGCGCUGAUGCGGCACCGGCGCACGCACAAGACUGAGGAGCCCUUCAAGUGCGGGCUGUGUGAGAAGGGCUUUGGGCAGCCCAGCCACCUGCUGUACCACCAGCACGUGCACACCCUGGAGACCCUCUUCAAGUGCCCCGUGUGCCAGAAGGGCUUCGACCAAUCGGCCGAGCUGCUGCGGCACAAGUGCGUGCCCGGUGCGGCUGAGCGGCCCUUCAAGUGCACGGUGUGCAACAAGGCCUACAAGCGGGCGUCGGCGCUGCAGAAGCACCAGCUGGCCCACUGCUCCCCAGCCGAGAAGCCCCUGCGCUGUACCCUGUGUGAGCGCCGCUUCUUCUCAUCCUCGGAGUUCGUGCAGCAUCGCUGCGACCCAGCCCGGGACAAGCCGCUCAAGUGUCCGGACUGCGAAAAGCGUUUCAAGUAUGCAUCAGACCUGCAGCGGCACCGACGAGUGCACACCGGCGAGAAGCCUUACAAGUGCCCCAACUGCGACAAGGCCUUCAAGCAGCGUGAGCAUCUCAACAAGCACCAGGGCGUGCACGCGCGCGAGCAGCAGUUCAAGUGCGUGUGGUGUGGCGAGCGCUUCCUGGAUGUGACCCUGCUGCAGGAGCACAGUGCGCAGCAUAGUGCCGCUGCUGCCGCUGCUGAGGGUGCCUACCAGGUAGCCGCCUGCCUGCCCUGAGUCCCUGCCACAGUCCCCACCAGGCCAGGCCCAGCCACCUCCUACAGAGGUCCCUUCACUCAGCUCCAUGUUCCGAGGCUCUGGGCAUGAGGACAGAAGAGCACUGGGCAGGUGGAGGGGCCUGGCACUUCUGGUACCUGCCUCGAGGUGGGGGAGCCAGAUUGCUGUGGCUGGUCCUGAUUCCACAAACCUCUUUCCCAUGAUAGGAUUCGUUUUCUUGAGAGCCAUCAGCCUCCCUUGUCUUUGGGGGCCUGGAACCAGACUGGAGGGGUUGGUACCUGUCCAACCUUCCCAAGCCUUUUAGCCCAAUUAGAAAUCAGAUGGUUAGGAAAGAGGAUGGUCAUGGUAGGGCCUAGGAGAAGGGCUGGACUCCAGAGGUGGGCUGGGUGUAGGGCAUCCCCCUUCAGGUUGCUAUCUGAGGGAGAAGGUCAGCUUCAUGAUGUAGUUUUUGGGACCAGGAGGGCACACCAUGAGCCACAGGCCUCCCCGCCCCAUCAGGCUCGCUGCUGGCCUGGCCCCCAGCGAUCUUGCGUUGCCCAGAUGCCCUGGAUAACAUCCAGCUACUUCCAAGGUCUGCUCCAGGUUUUGGAUAGGUGAGAUGUAUAAUACGGCUGCACAUCUGUGGGCUGGGUGUGCCUGAGAGCAAUCGGCCUAGCCAGAAGGGAGGCCGAGAAGUUCUCCAGGGAGAACACUCAGCCAGGGCCAGUGGCCACAGUGCCAUCCACAGGGAAAGGAGGAAAGGCAGCCUUUGCAUGGAGGUGUAAUCCUGAUAUUUUGGAAGCGCCCCUUGCAUUUGCGGCAUGGUUCCAAGCUCUGGUGGGGAACGUGCUCUCAGCCAGACAGAACUGCCGAUCUGAAAGAGGAGGAUUAUUAGACCGCCUGGUGCCCGGGAGGAGGCAGGGCCAAGCCCAUGAUCUUCCCAGUGGUUGUGAACAGGUGUCCUCCCCCUUGAAUUGUGUGAACCAAAGUGUCAAGGGUGUGGCCUCAAUCAGCUCCCAGCCUCUGCUUCAGGGCCCAGACUAGGCCUGUGUACCCAUCCAGGGUGGGGCAGGUGAAAGGGCUGUGUGAAUGGCCUCUGAUGGCACCGAGCCCUCCCAGCCCAUGGAAACCCGCCCCAUCAGGCUCACUGCUGGCCUGGCCCCCAGCGAUCUUGCGUUUCCCAGAUGCCCUGGAUAACAUCCAGCUACUUCCAAGGCCUGAGAGUUCUCCCUUGGGUCCUCCUAGCACCCUCCGUGUCUCUUGCUGCCCACGGGGCUUGUCGAGCAGAAGUAUUGGCAUAGAGAGCAGGCGGGGGAAGAAGGUUAAGGAAAUCAGUGGGUGGGUGGAGUCCACGGGUGUCCCUGGAUGUCCGUCUGGAGCCCUUGGGAAGCCCAGAGGACCUUUAUUAUGGAAAUGAUUAUUUUGACCCCAGCUCUGCCCCUGCCCUCCUCCAGCCCCUUUCCCUGGUCUUUGGUCUUAAAAGAAGACUUUAAUCAGUGCACCAAUAACCCAGAGGAGCAGGGAGCCCCACCGCGUCCCACUCCCCUUUUACAAGUCUGAAAACUGCGCGUCCACCUCCUUUAUCUGACCAGUUGCCUUUCUGCGGGGCUGGUACGUCCCUCAGGAAGGACUGGCCCCAAAAGACAUUUUCAAUGCCUCAAAAGACAUUGAACCCAGGCUGACAACAGUCCCAAUGGCUAACUUUUUCUUCUCAUUUUGCUUUCUAAAAGCAUCUGUUACACUCUUCAUAACAUUGUCUAUUUUAAUUUCAUGUCAUUUUGGAUCUUACACAAAAACGUGAGAAUUUGGAUUUUUAAAAAGAAUGACUCCAUUUUAGAUAGCCCCUUUUGAUGUUAAUAUAUAGUGAGUCCAAUGUAUGCUUUAGAAGUAAAGACAUUGACCAUCACAGAUCAAA